AACCUACAAAUUAGGUAACUUGGUAAUCAAAAAUAUGUUUGAUCGAUAAUACAGUAACCUUUAUUAAAGAAAAUCUUAUUUUAUAAAAGUACGGAAUACGCGAGUGAAAUUAUAAUUAUAAUCAACAAGAAAAAAAAAAAAUAAAAAAAUAUGUCAGCACAUCGAAAAGAAAAUUUGGAUUUCGUCGAACGAGCCGACAUUCCUAGAAAUUUUCUCGAAGGCGUUAAAGAAUUGUAUUUGUCCAAACAAGAGGAACGGGAUAUCAAAAAAUAUCCAGAGUGGGACGUUCCGAGAAUUUCACCGGCAUUCGAAUUAAUAAAAACAUUUCGCGAUUUGAAUAUUUCUGAAAAGAAAUUACGUGAAAAAUGGAACGAACAAGAAAUCGAAAGAAAGGAAAUGGACGCCCAAUGGAAGGAAUUACGUGAACAGGAAUUAAUUUUUCGAGAAUCGUUCAUUAAGUAUAAUAAUUUUGUUAAAGAGAAUCAAGAAAAACGCCAACGCUCGAAACAAAAAAUUCUAGGAGAGCGGGAAAGACAAAAGCAAUAUCAGACAGAUAUACAAAAUUUACAAGGGAGAUUGAAUUAUAUGAAAGAAAUUCGUGAGAAGAUGGAAAAAUAUGUUGGAAUAUAUAAAAAGUAUCAAGAUUAUCUCGAAAGAGUUAUCAGCGAGACAAAACAGUUUAGAUCGAUAAUAGAAAUUUUUGAGCGUUAUGAAAAUUUGAUCGAAGUUAAAAAAUCAUUAUCCAAACAGCAAGAGAAAAAUAUUGAAUUAUUGGAGGAGACCGAAGCAGAGAUAUAUCGCAUGACGGAAGCCAAGUCGCAGACAUUAAUCAGAUUGAACAACAAAUUGUCAACGCUUCAAGCAGCCGGUAAAUGACAACCGGAUACAUUAUGAAGUAAUUCGGAGAAAUCACUUUCAAGACGUAUUUUCAAUUUCUCUAUUGCUUCUUCUCGAGAUAGAGGAAUUUCUAAACCUUCGGUCAUCACUUGCAUUUCUUCUUUCUCGACGCAGCUAAAUAUAUAUAUAUAUAUAUAUAUUUAUUUAUAUUUGAAUGUAGUCUCAAUUUUUUGUUCUUUUUUUCAAAUGAAUGAUGAAGAACAUAGGAAUGAAUAUAGGAAAGGAAUUAAUGAAGGGAUUAUUAACUCUCUAUAAUUCUCUAUAAUCUUGUAUAAAGUAUUGAAAAUGAAUUGUUUGAUUUAACUCAUGAGUUAAUUUAAUCCUUUCAUUGAUCAUUGAUUAUUGAGAGUUAAAGGAAUGGAUAAUAAUUAUUAAGGACUUACAGUACACAGGGUUGAGUAGGAGCAAUUUCUGUGAGAGAUGGAACUUUCAAUUUUGGUUUCUUAUCUUCGUCUAAUCUCAAUUGUGAUGCCAUAGUAGCUUUAUCGACCCAAUGAACUUUAUGCAUCAUUUCUGUUAUACGUUUCUCGAUAAUAUUAAGAUAUAGCAUAACGUUGCUCAUAGUCACAUGUGUAUUGUCACCGAGUAAUUGUAGAAUAGGUGAAUUAUCACAUUUAACAAUUUUAAAGAGAGAUUCUAUACCUUUUAACAUUCUCUCUAUAUCUUGAUCGCACUAAAUAGAAAAAAAAAAAAAAAAAAAAAAAAGAAAAAGAAUUUUAAAUAUAAAAAUCAUUGUUUAAGAUUAAUAAUAGAAAUACAAUUUUUUACAUUAUUAAGUUCUUCUUCGGCUUCAUCGGCUAACUUUGUUUGUUCUUCCAAUUGAUCUGUAAUAUUUUUCAAUGUUUCCACCUGUUGUUUUUCUCUAAACUCAUGCAACAUUCUUGCCUCAUCAAUGGCAAUCGUCAAUUCUGUCAUUUUCGUUUGAAGACAUUCCAUUUCAUCAUUCAGUUCAUUGACAUAAUUGAAAAGUGCAAAAUUUUCUUCCUCUUGUUUAACAAAAUAAGCUACAAGACUGUCAAUAUUGUUCUCCCCUAAAUAACAUUGAAAUUAAAAAAACAAAUAAAUUAUAGUAAAAAUUAUAAUAAAUAAAAAUAAAAAAAUAUGAUAUUAUUACCUGUAAAUUCUUUCAUCGUAUUGAGAAUAUGAGUAUAAGUAGCUAUCUUAUCUUGUUGUUCUUGUUUUUUAGCAGCUCUCUCGGCUUCCUGUUUAAUUUGCAAGUCUAUAGUUUUUCGAUAUUGACCUUUAACACCGAGAAAUUCUUGUAAUUUCAUUUCGUUGUCCAAUGUACGCUGAAGUUCACACAUCUCUGCUUUAUGAGCAUCAAAAUCUCUCAUAGCUCUAUAAAAGAAAAGAAAAGAAAAGAAAAGAAAAAAAAAAAAAAAAUUUGCAAAUAAUCAUUAAAAAAAUGAAAGAGAUACUAGAAAUCUUAAAGAAGAUAAAAAUGAUACUUUUCACGAAGUGCCUGAGUUUUGUUCAUCUCUUCAUCCCUUUGAUUAAAUGUUAAAGUAGCUUGUUCUAUCAGAUCAUUAAUAAUUUGUUUUCCUGUAUUCAAUUGUCCAACAAGUUUAUUCCAAAGUGUAGUAAAUUGUGUUCUCUCUUUUAA